AUGACAAAGAUAGAAAAUAGAAGAGUUGCAAGUUCAAAGUAUUAUAGUGAAUAUAAAAAGGUUCUAAGUAAUAGAAAAAAACUUGAUCUUAAUGAAACAGUUUCGAUCAAAAAGCCAAGUGCAGACAAAAGGCUGAAAAGACCAAACAACACUAUUAAAGAAAGUAAGCGUCUUCAUGGUAGUAAAGGCAGUUGGGUUAAGCAAAGAAUACCUAAGAAGGAGACGGUUUACGAUAAGGAGAAUUUAAACCCAAAGCUACAUGUUUUCCAUCGAGUUUAA